UUGACAAUCGAGCUGUUGCGUAUACGACAAUUUAUUUCAAUUAGACGAUGUGAGAUAAUUAAAUUACAACUCUCUUGUAUCUCGGGCUCACUCGCGACAAGUUGUUAAAUUAAGGAUCCUCAAAUGAAUUGGUGAUCAUCUCAUAAUUUAAUUACAAUUAUCAUUUCGGUGAAAGCGCACUCGCAACACGGGAUAAUUCAAUUAAUUUCGCGCGAUAAGUGAUCGUGUGCCGUGUCAAUUGAGCUUGGAUCUGAGAAGGUGUGCAGGAAUGCUGAAUUAUCCGGGCUCAGACGCCGAGUAUCCCAUGACUGGGAUCUACACACCGACAGCCGCAGUUCCUUGCCAGCCGCCCAGCUUUGCGCCACACGACAGAGCCUUCGCGGGUGAUCAAGUGACGAGUGUGAAUGGUGAUCAGGGGUACAUUUUCCCGCAGAAGGGAUCGGAGAACGUGAAGAGGUUCUCCGUGAACAAUCUCCUCCAGUUGGCCAAUUGUACAAAUGCCGACCCGCGGCCAGCAGCUGAGGACAGCGUUGGCUACACACAGCUGCCGGAAUCGUCCACGGGCGCCGGCGGAAAGAAGCCCAGACGAAACAGAACCACAUUCACCAGCAAUCAGCUCACGGCGCUGGAGAAGAUCUUCGAGAGAACCCACUAUCCAGACGCCUUCGUGAGGGAGGAAUUGGCCACAAAAGUGGGUCUGAGCGAGGCGAGAGUUCAAGUGUGGUUCCAAAAUCGGCGAGCAAAGUUCCGUCGGAAUGAGCGCAGCGCGUCGAGUUGUCGCUCAUCUGCAGCCUCGAGCAUCCCAAUUCUGCCCCACAAGCCCGCAAUUCCGCUCCUGCCCAGCGAGAAGACUCCGUCCGCCCACCAGUCGCCCGUGGACAUCAAUCCCUUCCCCGCGUCGCUCGGCUUCUCGGGCUUCGGGAUGUUCUCCGGGAAGGCGAUCAAUCCAUCGUACGGGAAUCCAACGUAUCAGGAUUCAAACGCCCAUUGUGCCUACUUGCCGGCGAACUUCUGCAACUCAAACGUUGGCGCGCAAAUGAGUGGCUAUCAGCACGGCUUCAUGGGGCUGAGGCACAAGUCCCACACGUACUCCUCCCUGUAGAAGACACUCU